GCAGCCAACAUGGCGGACCUAGAGGCCGUGCUGGCCGACGUGAGCUACCUGAUGGCCAUGGAAAAGAGCAAGGCCACGCCGGCGGCGCGCGCCAGCAAGAAGAUCGUGCUGCCCGAGCCCAGUAUCCGGAAUUUAAUGCAGAAGUAUCUUAAUGAGAGAGGUGAAUUAACAUUUGACAAGAUUUUCAAUCAGAAAAUCGGUUUUUUGCUUUUUAAAGAUUUUUGUUUAAAUGAAAUUGAUGAAGCUGUCCCUCAGGUGAAGUUUUAUGAAGAGAUCAAAGAAUACGAAAAGCUUGAUUCUGAAGAAGAGCGUCUCCGGAGGAGUCGGCAAAUUUACGACACAUUCAUAAUGAAGGAGCUUCUGUCUUCUUCCCAUGUAUUCUCAAAGCAAGCUGUAGACCAUGUACAAACUCAUCUAGCCAAGAAAAAAGUGCCCUCAAAUCUUUUUCAGCCAUACAUAGAAGAAAUUUGCGAUAGUCUUCGAGGCAACAUAUUUCAAAAAUAUAUUGAAAGUGACAAGUUCACUAGAUAUUGUCAGUGGAAAAAUGUAGAGCUAAAUAUUCAUUUGACCAUGAAUGAUUUCAGUGUACAUAGGAUUAUCGGCCGAGGAGGAUUUGGUGAAGUAUAUGGUUGCAGAAAAGCUGACACUGGAAAAAUGUAUGCAAUGAAAUGCCUAGAUAAAAAGAGGAUCAAGAUGAAACAAGGAGAAACCUUGGCCUUAAAUGAGAGGAUCAUGUUGUCCCUUGUCAGUACGGGGGAUUGCCCUUUCAUUGUGUGUAUGACCUAUGCCUUCCAUACCCCUGACAAGCUGUGCUUCAUCCUGGACCUGAUGAAUGGGGGAGAUUUGCACUAUCACCUCUCACAGCACGGGGUGUUUUCUGAAAAGGAAAUGAAGUUCUAUGCUGCCGAAAUCAUCCUGGGCUUAGAGCACAUGCACAACCGUUUUGUGGUUUACAGAGAUUUGAAGCCUGCAAAUAUCCUUUUGGAUGAAUAUGGACAUGUGAGGAUAUCAGAUCUUGGGCUUGCCUGCGAUUUUUCCAAAAAGAAACCACAUGCUAGUGUCGGCACCCAUGGCUACAUGGCUCCCGAGGUGCUCCAGAAGGGGACCGCGUACGACAGCAGUGCCGACUGGUUCUCUUUGGGGUGUAUGCUCUUCAAGCUUCUACGAGGUCACAGCCCUUUCAGACAACACAAAACCAAAGACAAGCACGAGAUCGACCGGAUGACACUCACGGUGAAUGUGGAGCUUCCAGAUGCAUUUUCCCCGGAAUUAAAAUCCCUCUUGGAAGGAUUGCUACAGAGAGACGUCAGUCAGCGACUCGGCUGCCUGGGAAAUGGUGCAGAGGAAGUAAAAAGCCACAUAUUUUUCAAAGGAGUCGACUGGCAGCAUGUCUACUUGCAGAAGUAUCCUCCACCACUGAUCCCUCCCCGCGGUGAGGUAAAUGCUGCAGAUGCUUUUGAUAUUGGCUCAUUUGAUGAAGAGGACACCAAAGGCAUUAAGCUGCUAGAUUGUGACCAGGAGCUUUAUAAGAACUUCCCUCUGGUAAUAUCCGAACGCUGGCAGCAGGAGGUGGCCGAGACAGUCUAUGAGGCUGUAAAUGCAGACACCGACAAGGUCGAGGCCAGGAAGCGGACCAAAAAUAAGCAGCUUGGCCACGAAGAAGACUAUGCUUUAGGGAAAGACUGUACGUUGCACGGAUACAUGUUGAAACUGGGGAAUCCAUUUCUGACGCAGUGGCAACGCCGUUAUUUUUACCUCUUUCCAAACAGACUUGAGUGGAGGGGGGAGGGAGAGUCACGGCAAAACCUGGUGACGAUGGAACAGAUUGUGUCAGUGGAAGAAACUCAGAUUAAAGACAAAAAGUGCAUUUUGCUGAGGAUAAAAGGGGGAAAACAAUUGGUCCUCCAGUGUGAGAGUGAUCCUGAGUACGUGCAGUGGAAAAAAGAAUUGGUAGAAACCUUUACAGAGGCUCAGAGGUUAUUACGGCGGGCUCCAAAAUUCCUUAACAAACCUCGACCAACUGUCGUGGAGCUUUCGAAGCCUCCGCUCAGCCACAGAAACAGCAACGGCCUUUAAUGUGAAGGGAUGCUUACAAGAGACUGUGAGCGCCACAAAGUACUGUGUUCCCACCCCCACUCAGGGCGUUGUGUGGAAGAAUUGGGCACAGAGCUGGGAGUUUGGGCACAGGCUCGCUGGCUGGCCUGGAUGGUGGCCUCGAGGACCAGAGAAGGAAGUAGAGGAGUUCUCACUAACGGGAGUCAGUGGCAGCUUCUCGCUCUCCUGUCAUUACACCCUGGCGGUGUUGGGAAUUGCCCAUACUUUUAAACUACUGAAGAAAGGAAGAUUUUGUUUUCUUUGCUAGACACAUACUUUUUUUUUUUUGGUCUAUACUGAACCUAGAAUUUGAAGUGGUUACUACUUAGCCCUUAAAUUUUGACAUCCAAUAUCCAGCCUAUCUCCAGAUCUUCUCAGAAGGAACUUGGGACCUACAGUGUGGAAUGGUAGAGUACCUUUAAUGUUGCCAUACUGCAUCCAUCCCUGCUGGUGUGAUCUGUCUUUGCUCCAUACUCCUGGCGACAAACGACCAACUGCGUGAUUUUCUGAUGCUCUCAGAUACUGUCUUUUUUUUUUUGUCCUGGGCUACAAGUUGUAGAUUCUUUAUGAAAAGCUCAGAUGUUGAUCCAUCUCCUUGUUUGUUGUCCUCACACAUACUAGCUGCCACUGUCGUCCUUGGGACUUGGGGAUCUUGCAGUAACCAUUGAGGAAGGGGGGAUUAGAGGAGCAGAAUCUAGAAUUCUGUUGUAUCAGUUGGUGAUUUAUGCAGUUUUGGAAUGGAUCUUUGGGAUGGUUGACAAUGAACUUGAAGGCAUUUCUUUUCAAUUCAGGGCAAAUUGCACUUUUAAAAAACCUUUGAACCCAUUACGCUCCAGUGGACAUACUGAGGUAGAGCCAUGGGGGGCUUUGGUACGCAUUCUUUGAAGUAGUUCUUCUCCUGUCCUUUUGACAGUUGGAUUUUUCUGCAUUUAAAAAAUGAGUGACCUUCCAACACAGUGAUGCUAAUUCUUCUAACUAGCUCCUCCAAAUGUGUGUUGUGACAGAUGACUUCAUGUGAUGAAGAAGUCAUAUUGCUGUUUGCAAUUUUGUAGAAUUAGACACAGUUUUUAUUAAUAGGUGUUAAAAUUAUGAAAAGUGAGUGUCCCAAGUGGUUUUAAAAAAAUACAUACAUACACACACAUAUAUACAUACGUGCAUAUGUCCACUUUCUUCACAUAAUGCCAUUCCUAUGUCCUAAGCAAAUGAAUUCUGUACAGCGGGCUGUAAUGGUCUGUUAGCAACGUCACAGCUCUGAGGGCUGGGCCAAUUCAGGAAUCCUCUUCCUGGUCACCUGUGGCUUAUUUCCUUCUGUUCUGAGAUGCUCCUAUACCCCUUUCAUGCACAAAACAAGCUCUCCAUCCAUUCUCAGAACUGUUUUUCUUCAUAGCAAAGUGCCAAGUGCCAACAGACUCAAGAAAUGGUUUAGAAAGUUAACUUCUCUUUGUGUGUGCAAUUGUAUCAUGCCUGUGGAAAAGAGCUAACAGUUUGGAUAACCUGACCCUCUGCUCUGCCGUCCCUGCCAUCCGUCCUCAAGGUCUACAGAGGUGCCAGGCAUUUCUUUGUAUCUCUGAGCUCUGUGAGCUGCAGAAGGGAGUCCCUUGAGUGCAGUGACGAUGUUGAGGCUCAGGGGAGGGCUUUCUUCAAGAGCCACCAAGAAAUUAUUUCAGUAAAUCUGCUGUAGAGAUGUAGCCCUCCUCUCCUUCCUCUUCCUCCACCUCCUGUCACCUCCAUGGCUUGGAAGCCUGUGUUCUCAAUCUUAGGGAUUUUCUAGUGUUUGCUGGAAACAUCCUUACAUUAUUAAAAGAACUAUGUUUACAUCAGAUGACAGAAUCCUAGGCAAUAUGCUCUACUCUGUAAAAGUGGCAUAUUCCCAGAUACUUUCAUGGAGACUCCAGUUAACUACAGAUGUAACUUUCCUCAUUAUAAUUUGGUCCUUAAGUAUUUUCGUGCAAUACAGAUGAUGGCAUGAAAGGCAUUGAGCCCCACCCUGCCUCAGUGAGGCAGGAUAGGUGCCAACCUUGUACUUAGAGACUCCCCUGGGCUCUCUUGUGGCUGGUCCUCAGUGAUCCAUGAGUGCCAAUGGCCUUGCUGUCCCAAUAUCCAGAAGCAGCUCCCUCUCCUGGCUGGGGGAUCAUGCCCCGCCCUCAGAGGGAAUGAUAGAAUGCCUAAGGAUACCUUCGUUUUUCAAAUUCUGAACUAAAAAGUGGCCUAAAGAGGCCUUUGGCUUUGUUGGGAUGAGUCUUAUUUCGAGAGACUUCCAGAAUUCACAUGUGGGUUCUAAAAACAUGACGGAGCAGCCCCUGCUCUGGUCAGUGUCACUGUUGGAGCCAGCAGAUCAAAUGGGACAUAUUUGUUUGUAGAAUGUUGAGCCUGUCCAGAUGGUGGGGAGCCAACCUCUCAUUGUACACAUGGAAAAUUAGGCCCUGGGGAAUGAGGCGAUUUGUCCCAGUUCAGGAAGUGAGUCAGUGGCCAAGCUUUUCAUCCCACAUCUCCGUUCUCUUGUCAUCCCGCUGCCUGAUCUGGAAUGGAGGAUUUCCAGAAUCAGAAUAGGAAGAAUUAUCCUUAGGAUGUUCCUUGCUGCCCAGGGCGCUAAACAGGGCAUCCAUUUUCCUUUGCCAUUUUUACCUCUCUACCAUAAAGGGGAUUGUUGGGAUCAAGCUAUCAAAUGCCUUGACGUUUGUCCCCUGCCCUUACAUGUUUAGGGUUAAGUUCAGAAAGUGAGCCUGUAAUUUUUAAAAAUUUUGUCUCAAUGCAGAGUAAGUUCCUAAAUUAUAUUUCAUUUCAUCAGCUUGUGUUUGGUUUUUAUUUGAAUGGUUUAGCAUAGUUGUCUGAAGAUAGCCUAAAAAUGUAAGGAAUAUAUUUGUGGCAUUUAAAAAUAUUUAACCAAGGAUUUCUU